CCUACGCCCCUCAUUCUCCUCCCAACUACGUCGGAAAAAAAACCUAGGCCUCAGUCGACAACGGAGGAGUUCGAAGCUCUUUCGCCGCCGGUUUUGUCAUGACACCCGAGAUGGGAUGAGUGUUCGGCCAAGAAUACCUCCAUCGCGAAUCCGCUCCCUCGUGUCUCCUCAAUCUCUGAACGACGAAUCGACCCGGUUGAAGCUUUUCUAGUGCAUCUCCUCCUCUUCUCCGGCGUGGAAUCAGUGUUUGAAGCCCUUUGUCGAUGCUCCGUCAUGUGAGUUACCAACACAAGAACUCCAACACAAACUUUUGAAGGGAUUGAAAUUGGACAAGGCAGGCGUACUAUCCUAUUCUGGUGCGGGAACUCCAAAUCGGUGCGGGAUCUGUCUGCAGCUUCAACCCUUCGUUAUCAAGCAACUUUGUGGUCAUCGAAUUAAUCUCUCCCCAGAGCAUCCAAAUUUAUUUUCGAUUGAUUGGCGAACAAUCUCCUGCACAAGUUCCAUCUCAAAGGAAUGCCUCCAAUCUGACUGUUGCCAUGAAUUGAAGGCUAAGAGUGAGAUUGUAUAGUCGGUAUUUAUUUGGUUCUUCCUCGUAAUCAUCAUCUCCUAUAAGAUGGAAAGUCAAGGAUCAGCAGAGCUGAUUGGCUUCACUGCUUUGGGUGCGGGUCUGCUGUUGCGCAAUGUCUGGUUGCACCGGAAAGCUCCGAGUGCAGGUGAGGAGUCUAUUGAGAAGUUAGCUCAUCAACCGCCUCAUGCACCCAGCAUAGAAGACACUCUACAGUCGAUAGAUCGUCCAUCAGAUGCUCAUGAUCAAGCGGAUGAGCUUUUUAAAAAGAAUCCAUUCGAAGAUGCUGAGAAGAACUUUGGGGCAUUCCUCGAAAGAUACAUUAUCUUUCCUCCAGUGCUCCCUCCCAACAAGCAAUUUGCAGAUCUCACCUUUGCAGUUAGCGAUGCUUUUGAUGUGAAAGGUCACAUAACUGGAUUCGGGAGUCCAAGUUGGGAAGCGACACACGAGCCAGCGGAGAAGAUGGCUGCAAUUGUCGGUGAUCUUUUAGAGCAAGGAGCAACCUGUGUUGGAAAGACAGUUUCAGCUGAAUUGGGAUUUGGGAUAACUUAUGCCCACGUCGGAACUCCUCUAAACCCUCAGUUUCCUCGAUUUGAUUCUGGAGGUUCUUCUGGUGGCCCAGCUGUGGCGGUUGCGUCUGGCAGUGUAGACUUUGCACUGGGUAUUGAUACAACUGGAGAUAUCAGAAUUCCGGCAUCACUUUGUGGUGUCAUUGGAUACCGACCAUCUCAUGGGCUCAUUUCAACGGUUGGGGUUGUUCCCAAUUCGGGUAGUUUAGAUUGUGUGGGAAUUUUGGCCCGUAGUUCUUCUGUGCUGCGAAGAUUAGCAAAUCAGUUAUUACAUCUCAAUCAGGCCAAUCAUAAAUCAGUUUCGAGGCAACUUGUCUUUGCCCGUGAUCUAUUUGAUUUGUUUGAGCUUCGAGCUGAGGGUGCAUAUGCUGUAGCCGAUUUAGUUAAAGGCCGAUCUGGCUACGAAUCUCCAAUGCAUGUGGAUUUCAUUCAACAUGUUGCAUCAGAAGUGCCCAGCUUAAGAAGAUUCUAUAAAGAAGAUGCAAACCUUUCUGAAGCAAUCCCGAAUGCUCUGUCUUCUGCCAUGUAUUCACUACAGAGAUAUGAAUGGAGAAGAAACCAUGACGAAUGGCUGAAGGAAGCGAGGCCAGAAAUAUCUUCUACUGUGUCUAGACGUGUUCAUGCAUCUGUUACCCUCGGAGAGGACGAGUUGCAGUUGUUAUACCGUGUUCGGAUUGAACUGCGGCGUGCUCUAGGGACUCUCCUCAAGGAUGGUGGGAUUCUCGUUGUUCCUACACUCGGCGAUCCCCCACUUGAGUUUAAAAGCAAAAGGGACUCUAGUGAAUGUUAUGCGAGGUCCAUGAGCCUAUGUAGCAUUGCUAGUCUCUCUGGCUGUUGUCAGGUUACUGUCCCGCUAGGCAAGCGAAAGGGUAGUCCACUCUCUGUCUCUUUUUUGUCGGUACACGGAGCUGAUGUGUUUCUUCUUGACAUGGUGGAUAUUCUUCAAUCAAAAGGCAAACUGGCUUCAAACUUAGCCGUAAUCCCUGCUCCGAGUGCGAAUAUAGAGGUUGCGAAACUAUUGAACGAGAAGGGCAAUGGUGCAAGUGAGGUAGAAGGAUGGCACAGCGCUAUCAAAUACUAUAGUGAAGCUAUCCGUCUCAAUCGUAGAAAUGCCAGCUACUAUUGCAACCGGGCAGCAGCUUUCUUGGAACUAUCCUGCUUUUUUGAUGUCGAAAGGGACUGCACCCGAGCAAUAGAACUUGAUGAAAAGAAUGUGAGGGCGUAUCUGAUGCGUGGAACAGCCCGAGAGAUGUUUGUAGACUAUGCAAAUGCAUCUCAAGAUUUCAAGCGUGCACUUGUUCUGGAGCCAGGAAAUAGGGUGGCUGUGAGUGCUUUGCAGAAGCUAGAAAAGCUUUCUUUGAGAUGAUUGGCAGCUUAGACAUACAGACUUCUUUGAAGGGUAGUGUUAGUGGAGAAUGAGAAUUAUCAACAAGACUCAAUCAGUCAGCUGAGGUCUUUUGGCAGGUCUAAUCCCUAAUUUAGUCGUUUAACUUAGCUAUGUGCUGCAUGAUACCUAUUAACUUGGAUGUGGAGAAGUUAGAGCGUCAAACUCAGGGAGGGUUCAAGACAGCCUCAAUUCUGUGCCCUUGCUUGAUGUUCAUAGCUGUUAAUUUUAGGGGCAUGUUCAUCGCUGUUAAUUUGACUUUGUUUAAAGGUGAGCGACGGAUUUAUGUCUUGCUGUGGAGGUUUGCUAUACUAGCCAUUUGACAUGUAAUCCUUUACCCGGGUCACUGAAAUUACACUUGCCAUUUAUUAUUGUUGACACCACGAUCAGAGAA